GCCAUGCAUCUCAUUAUUCGGCGCGCGCGAUUUCAAUAAAGACUUCCGCGUAGAGUACAGGUCAUAGCAUUCCUGAGGGGCGAAAUUCUUCCGAAAUAUUUGGGAUCGGGGAUUCCAGAUUGGUUGGAUCUGAUGCCCAGGAUUACCAGGAAGAGAUCGAGUCAUGUAUUCUGGCAAAUGUUACAGCAGUUACGAUAGUGACUCUAGCGACAAUGAUGUCACUACCGAUCAGGAUUACGACAGCAGCUCGGCGAGCGACCCCAACAAGAAAUACAUCAACAGAGCGCGCUGGACCAAAGAUGAGGAUGACACACUCCGUCGGCUCGUAGAGAACUACGGUUCGGAGGACUGGAAGCACAUUGCGAGCUUCUUCCCGGAUCGGUCGGAGAUGCAGUGCUAUCAUCGCUGGCAGAAGGCCCUGAACCCCGAACUCGUGAAAGGACCCUGGACUAAAGAGGAGGAUGAUCGAGUUACUCAGCUGGUCAGACAGUACGGUCCCAAACGCUGGUCUCUCAUCUCCAAGUUUCUGACUGGCAGAACUGGUAAACAGUGCCGAGAGAGAUGGCACAACCAUCUGAACCCGGACAUCAAGAAGAGCGCCUGGACGCAAGACGAGGACCGCAUCAUCUACGACGCCCACAAACGCCUCGGCAACCGCUGGGCCGAGAUUGCCAAACAGCUUCCCGGAAGAACGGACAAUGCCAUCAAGAACCACUGGAACUCGACGAUGAAACGCAAAGUGGAGACGCAGAAUCCUUACACUCCGAUCAAACAGAUUCCUCUUAACAACCAGAUCACCUACAUCUAUCCAGACUCAGUCUCCACGGCAAUGGAGGAGCAGCGCUCUUUGCAAAAUGUACCAAAGGCUCGGGCCCCUGGGCAGGGAUUGGUCCGCACGCUCCACCAGACCCACGGCAACAGUUUAGCCAAUCAGCAGCAACCGUCGGUCAAGCAGUGGGCGUCGCCGGACCACCGCUCGGCCGAUUACGGCACAGAAGCCAGUCCUAUGUUUUGGAUCGUCCGGGACGACGAAGUUCUCAGUCCAAUGAGGGCUAUGUCUGAUUUCACGGACCCGGCGCAACUGCUUGACUUGGACAUGUCGGUGCACGACUUCAACGAUUUCGAGAUGAUGCUGAGCAACCAGGAGAACGAGUCUCCGGCAGGCGUAGGAAGAGGGAUGUCUCACAAAGGAACGACAGGUUAUCAUUUUGACAGUCAAGCUAUCAGCGAGCUGUCCAAGGGCAGCUACGGGGGCCUUAUCCCCAUCACGUCGCCCAUCACGUCCAAGUUCAGCACGCCCCCGACCAUACUCCGCAAGAGCCGACCACGACUGCGCUCCAGGAGAAUUCUAGACGGCAGCAUCGCGACCACGCCCAAGGGCACGCCCAUCAAGAGCCUCCCGUUCUCGCCCUCGCAGUUUUUGAAUUUAGACAAGCCGAAUCAGAGCAGCGUCAGUCAACAGGUCAUGACCUCCACGCCUGUCAUCAAAUCCCAUCAUGCAACACCCAAGAUGUUCACCACGGGAACGCCCGUCAACAGAUAUUUCCGGACCCCAAACAACGCCAAGGGUUCCCUGCUGGAGUCUACCCCGAGAACACCGACCCCCCUCAAAGAUGCCCUGGAGGCACUGGAGAAAAGAAGUGGAACAAACAGAUUCAUGCCGUGCACUCCGGGCCAACUGCAAGACAUCACGGAAAUCAUCAAGCAGGAUUUCGGUUCGGAAUCCACCCUAAAGCGAGUCUCCGUGCGUGUCUCUUUGAGUGAGUCGCCAGCCAAGCGAGUUCGCAAGUCCCUCACCAACCAGCUGGCGUUUGAGACUGAACUGAGCUCCAGCCACUUUGCCGACGAUGAGCAAAGUCACAGUCUUCUCUCGGAUUCGUUGCUGAUGUCCCCGCCCAUGCGCUCAGUUGCCGGGGCAACGGGAUCCUUCAACAGCGCGUUCUUGAUGCCCAUGUCGCCGGUCCAGACCGCGGAUAGCCUGGCCAACAGAGAGUCCAGGCACGGCACCCAUGAGACACCGUUCAAACCGCCCACCAUGCUGGAUAGAGCGUGGGAGAAGGUCGCGUGCGGUAAAUCGGACGAUCAGAUCUUCAUGACGGAACAGGCCAGGAAAGUUCUGCGAUCUUGCCGGCCGCGUUCGCUCAAGCUUUGAGUUUCUGCACCCGGCCUUGGCUGAUGGAAAAGUCCGACGAUCAGGCGUUUGAUUAAAAAAAAAAAUGUGAUGCGAUCAAGCUAAAUGAGUCGUUUCUCGACCCUGGUAAUUUUUUUUUUUACAGUUUUGAAAA